UGCGAUUGGCUGGCGCCACGGCGGCCGCGGGGCAUUGUGGGUCGCGGUAGACUAGCGCUCGCCAUGUCGGCGUCUCCGGUCAAGCGGCCGAGGAUGGACAGCGCGCUGGAGCAGCUCAGGCAGUUCACCACCGUGGUGGCCGACACGGGCGACGUCAACGCCAUCGAGGAGUACAAGCCACAGGAUGCCACCACCAACCCCUCCUUGAUCCUGGCCGCGGCGCAGAUGCCCGCCUACCAGGAGCUGGUGGACGAAGCCAUGGCCUAUGGCAAGAAGCUGGGCGGGUCUCAGGAGGUCCAGGUCACCAACGCCAUGGACAAGCUGUUCGUGCUGUUCGGGACCGAGAUUCUGAGGAAGAUCCCGGGCCGCGUGUCCACGGAGGUGGACGCCAGACUGUCUUUCGACAAGGACGCCAUGGUGGCCCGCGCCCUCCGCCUCAUCGAGCUGUACGAGGAGGCCGGCGUGGGCAAGGAGCGCAUCCUCGUCAAGCUGGCGUCCACCUGGGAGGGCAUCCAGGCCGGCAGGGAGCUGGAGCAGCAGCACGGCGUCCACUGCAACAUGACGCUCCUCUUCUCCUUCGCCCAGGCCGUGGCCUGCGCCGAGGCGGGCGUCACGCUCAUCUCGCCCUUCGUGGGCCGCAUCCUGGACUGGCACGUGGCCAACUCCGACAAGAAGUCCUACGAGCCCCUGGAGGACCCAGGAGUGCGGAGUGUCACCAAGAUCUACAACUACUACAAGAAGUUCGGCUACAAGACCAUCGUCAUGGGCGCCUCCUUCCGCAACACGGGCGAGAUCAAGGCGCUGGCUGGCUGCGACUUCCUCACCAUCGCGCCCAAGCUGCUGGACGAGCUGCUCAAGGACAGCAGCAAGCUGGCGCCCGCGCUCUCGGCCAAGGCGGCCCAGGCCAGCAGCCUGGAGAAGCUCCACCUGGACGAGCGGGCCUUCCGCUGGAUGCACAACGAGGACCAGAUGGCCGUGGAGAAGCUCUCCGACGGGAUCCGCAAGUUCGCCGCGGACGCGGUGAAGCUGGAGCGGAUGCUGGAGGAGCGGAUGUUCAGCACCGAGAAUGGGAAGUAGCCGAGUGGAGGCCGGGCAGCCGGCGAGGGUGUGGGAGCCAGCGUGAAGCCAAGGAACCUUUUUUACCCGGGGAGCGGGGGCGGCGGAGUUGUGGUUUUAUAUGAGAUCACGCCUGGUGCAUUAAAGCUGUUUUUCUGC